AUGACAGCUGUCGCUACUCCUCGCGCUCCCACGCCGCGCCCGAAAGCCCCCGCGACGGUCAGCUUCGCGAGCCAAACCGCCACGGCUGUAUCGACACCUCUAUCUACCCCCGGUAUCGAACGAACCCGUCCCGCGAUACAGGCAAAUCCUUCGAGUCGCCGCCUUGCACGCCCUGCUCCUGCAGACUUUCUCUCCGACAAGGCCACUGCUGCCUUCAUUCGGCGCGUCCUAUGCUCGCAGCAACUGUCCGAUAAGGGGAGAACAACCCCACCCCCCAUCGAGGAACUUUUGCCGCCUCUGACGAGUCGGAACGAUGUCGACCUACAGCUUUAUGCCCUCAUUUCCGUCAUUCUGAGAGAAUAUGUGCAGGCCUGGUAUAGCAAAAUCACACCGGACGAGGCUUUCGUCGACGAAAUCGUACAAAUAAUUGCACAUUGCACGAGGGCACUGGAGCAGCGCCUACGAAAGGUUGAUCUUGAAAGUCUACUAUUCGAUGAACUUCCAGACUUGCUCGACAGACACAUCCUCGCGUACCGCGCGGCGCAUGAUCCCGUGUCCAGCCCUCCAACCACGAUAGACUCUCGAGAAGUCUACCAUGCGCUCUGUCCUGUACCCCCCUUGUCGCCAAUACCACGGCCGGAAGACCCCGAAAGUGUUGCGAAGCAACGAGAAAACGAAGCAAUCUACCGUCAGCUCUUGGUGCAGAGCGUUUUGGCAGUUCUUUUGCCAACAGAAGAUCUCGAAAAUGACUGUCUGACCUCUCUCGUCGGUCAAAUAUUUUCGGAACUGAUUAUUGGCAACGUUCUAGCCAAUCGAUUAUCGCAACCAUGGCUCAUUUACGAAUGUCUCAUUAUUCUGUCAAGAGUACUCGAAAGGAAGUCCGAGCCUAUGGAAGAGGGUGUUGCAGAGGCAGUGCAGGCAGGGUCAGCAGCUCCUCUGCCCAAACAGGAGCGCCGCAGCUGGUCUAUCCAAGGCGCUUUUUGGUCUUUCGUACACUGGUCUUUUCUUGCAUUCGCGAUGAUCCGCCUUCUUGUCACCACUCUCGCCAUGUCCUCAUCCUUGCCUCCAAGAUCGCAAGAGACCUGGUCUGAGAAACACGAGGUGACUGGUCAAAUAUCGGAUUCGAAGACGCCAGAUACCGUCUCUGGCUCGGAAGAAGCUCAGCCAGUGAAGACUCCCAUCUUCGCCUUCAAGUUGUGGACUUGCAUAUCGGACCUGAUGGAAAUGGACACUCGCAUGCCUUGGUUGAGUGGAAUGCUGUCGAUGCUUCAACUCGGGGCCAUGAAAGGUCCAGGCCGUGUCGCCGGGCUUAACGGAACCGUGGACAGGCUCAUCUCGCAUACCAUCCACCAACGGAUUCUCGACGCCGGGCACCUGCCCACCCUCCUCCGCUCCAUCCGCGCCGCCCUCUUCCCCAACAACGCCCCGGGCGUCUCGAGCUUGGUGGCCCCCUCCUCCGACGAGGAACUGCGUGCUCUGCGCCGCAGAUGCGCUAGUGCUCUUUUGUCCAGAAUCCCGCCCUGGCUGGCCAGGCUCUACCUGGGCGGGCGAGGCCUUGGCCUCCGGUGGCGGUCCGGUCCGGACUCGAGAGGGGGAGGAGGUCAUGACGGCACCGCCGCGGCCGGCUCUGACAGCAGGGAUGCUGCUGAGGCAGUCGCCACUUCCACUAGCGAUGGCGAUAGUUCAGGUGACGAGAGCGGCACGAAAUCGCCGGUCGACGUUGACGAGGAGGACCAGGAGCGGAUGCUGUCUGAAAUCGAGGAGGGCAUCCUCGACGUCUUUUCGGACGAGUAUUGCAACAAGCAUUUUGUCUACAGCAUGCUGGAGUUGAUUUUGGUGAGACUGAUGCCCGAGCUGGCGGAGCACGGCGUAGUUGAGCUCUUGGAGGAACGCUUGAGUUUAUGA